AUGUCUUUGCCUUCAUUACCAGCCAACUUUGGUGCUGAAAACUUCAAAGCAGCCACCAAAUACACUGCUCCAGUCCGUCGUCCAAUUGAACCAGUUGGUCGUUAUUUCUUAGCUCAUGCUAGUCGUGCUUUAAGAGGUCAUACUUGGUCUGAAUUUGAAAAAAUUGAAGCUGAAAAAAACGUUAAUACAGUUGAUGAAACUGAUGAAAACGCUGAUUUAGGUGAUGAAGAACAAGAUGCUGAAUUAUUAGCUCAUGAUCCAAGAGAUUGGAAAACUGCUGAUUUAUAUGCUGUUUUAGGUUUAUCUCAUUUACGUUAUAAAGCUACCGAAGAUCAAAUUAGAAGAGCUCAUCGUAAACAAGUUUUAAAACAUCAUCCUGAUAAAAAAGGUGCUAAAGGUGGUUUAGAUCAAGAUGGUUUCUUUAAAAUUAUUCAAAAAGCUUAUGAAACUAUUUUAGAUCCAUCAAAACGUGCUCAAUAUGAUUCUGUUGAUGAAAAGGCAAAUGUUUUACCACCACCUCCAAAAACUGAUUAUGAUUUCUUUGAAGCUUGGACUCCAGUUGUUGAAAGUGAAAAACGUUUUGCUAAAAAACAAGUUGUUCCAUCAUUAGGUGAUGCUAACACUCCAAAAGCUGAAGUUGAAGCCUUCUAUGCUGCUUUCUAUAGAAUUGAUUCAUGGAGAUCAUUCGAAUUCUUGGAUGAAGAUGUUCCAGAUGAUUCAUCAAACAGAGAUCAUAAACGUUAUAUCGAACGUAAAAACGUUGCUUCAAGAAAGAAGAGAAAAGCUGAAGAUAAUGCUAGAUUUAUCGCUUUAGCUGAUAGAUUAAGAUCUGAAGAUCCUCGUAUUAAAUUAUUCAAAGAAGCUGAAAAAGCUGAAAAAGAACGUAAGAAAUGGGAAAGAGAUGCAGGUGCAAGAGAAGCUGCUGCUAAAGCUCAAAAAGAAGCCGAAGAAGCUGCUGCUAAAAAAGAAGCUGAAGAAAAAGCUGCUGCUGCUCUUAAAGCUGAUUCUAAAAAGGCCAAAGAAGCCGCUAAAUCAGCUAAAAAGAAGAACAAGAGAGCUAUUAGAGGUGCUCCAAAAGAUGCUGGUUACUUUGGUGAUGCUGAUAAAGCUGAAGCUAUUGAUUCAGAUGUUGGUUUCCUAAUUGAAAGUUUCGAUGAUUUACAAUUAUCUGAUGUCUCAGGUAAAGUUGCUUCAGGUGAUGCUGCUGCUAUCAAAGAAGCUUUAGCUACUAUUGCUAAAGAACAAACUGCUUCUGGUAAAGUUCCAGCUGCUAUCUUGAAAUAUUUCGUUUAA